AGCCUUGCACAGACCAUGGAGAGUUUGUUACCGCUGCUCUGUUGCCAUUAUUCCUUGCUGAUUUUAUUUCAGCAGAAAUACCAGGUGUACGGGAACCAUUCCCAGCUCCCCAAACACCCAGGGUUCAAAGUGCUGGCAUCAGCCUCCCACUACUGGCCCCUGGAAGAUGUGGAUGGGAUCCGGGAGUUCCGCGACACCAACGGAGCUCUAAGAAUCCACAACUUCACUGUGCUUCCUCCCCAUAACUCUACCUUUGUAAAUACCAAUGACUCUGCCUACUCUAACUCCUCUGCAACUGUAGAUAUUGUAGAAGGGAUGGUGAACAAAGGGAUUUACGUGACUGAAAAGAAAGGAGUCACCUUUCUCUUCUUUGGGAGCUACAGAAAUUCCUGCAUCAGUAAUCCAGAGGCGUGUGGGCCUGAAGGGGUGACGUUCUCCUUCUUCUGGAAGACCCAGGACCAGCAGGCCAAGCUUCUCCCUGCCUCUGGGGGCCGAGUGAUCUCCAGCGGCUUCAAGAUCUGCUCCAGCGAGGGCGAGGGCUCCGUGGAAUUCUACACCCGGGGCAGCGCCAUGAUGAGGUGGAAAGCGAGCUUCAGCCCGCCGGGUCCCUACUGGACGCACGUGCUGUUCACCUGGCGCUCGAGGGAAGGCCUGAAGGUGUACGUGAACGGCUCGCUGAGCACCACGGACCCCGAGGGGAAGGUGUUCUACGACUAUGGGGACGCCAGCCCUGACCUGCUGGGCGCGGAGGGAGCGGCCCCGCGCUCGGUCAGCGGCGCCUUCGACGAGUUUGUGAUCUGGGAGAGGGCGCUGAGCCCGCGCGAGGUGCGCCAGUACUUCACUGCCGCCGUGGGUGUGCAAGUCCUGCUCUCCUCAACGCUGCCCUGGUCUGUGAUGACAACCACGACAAGCCCUGUGCUCCCCACGGACGCGUACCAGCCGGUCCUGGCGGCGCUGAGCCGGCACAGGGGCAGCUCCCCCUCGGCCCUGUCCCUGCUGGGGCACCUGCAGAACGUGUCCUGCAGCCUGCCCAGCCACGCCCUGGCGCAGCACACGGCCCUGAGCCUGGCACAGGCGUUUUUGAAAGCUAUUGAAGACUUCCUGUUGCUGUCUGACUGGAUUGAUGGACCAGAGAGCCCCGCCGUGCUCAGCAGCCUGAUCUACACCAUCGACACGGUGCUGGCUCACCUGUCCCUGCACCUGGAGGGGAACUCGCUGCCUCUGACCCUCGAGGGCUCCUCGCCCGUGGCAGAUUAUGCUGUGGUCAAAAUGCUCCCUCAGAGCCUGAACGUGUCCCACUAUCGGUUCCCAUCCCGGGGGCAGAGCUACAUCUCCAUUCCCAGCGAGGCUUUCCAUGGAAAAGGCUGCAUCACCAUCGUGGGCCUGCUCUACCACAGCAUGCAUCGCUUCUUUAACAACAUCAACCCCGAGGACACCAGGAUUGCUGGAGCUGCUGCCCACCGGGGCUCCCUGAUCUCAGCCAGCAGUUUGCUCAUCUCCAUCAAGGUGGAGCCCCUGCCCCAGCUGUCCUACAACCUGUCGGGCUCUCCCCUCAUCACCAUCCAGCUCAGCCACACCCUGACGCCCAGACAAUACAGCCAAGCACUAAAUGAAAGCAACAGAGUUCAUCUUUACUGUGCAUUCCUGGAUUAUAGCAAUGGAAGCGGCGUCUGGUCCGACGAGGGCUGCGCGAGGCAGAGUGGGGACCUCAACUACUCCGUGUGCCUCUGCAACCACCUCACCAACUUCGCCAUCCUGAUGCAAGUGGUGCCGCUGCAGCUGACGAGAGAACACCAGGUGGCCCUCUCCUCCAUCACUUACAUCGGCUGUGCUCUGUCCAUCCUCUGCCUGACGAUCACCCUGGUCACGUUCGCCGUGCUGUCGUCCGUCAGCACCAUCCGCAACCAGCGCUACCACAUCCACGCCAACCUGUCGAGCGCCGUGCUGCUGGCCCAGGCCCUGCUGCUGGCCAGCUUCCAGUUCAGCCCCGCAACCCUGCCUUGCAAGAUAUUGGCCAUUCUCCUUCAUUUUUUCUUCCUGAGUGCGUUUGCCUGGAUGCUGGUGGAAGGAUUUCAUCUUUACAGCAUGGUGAUCAAAGUAUUUGGGUCAGAAGAAAGCAAGCACUUAUAUUAUUAUGGAAUUGGAUGGGGCUGCCCACUGGUGAUCUGUGUCAUUUCUGCCUCCUCGUCCCUGGACAGCUACGGAGAAAGUGGCAACUGCUGGCUCUCCCUGGAGGACGGAGCAAUCUGGGCUUUUGUGGCACCAGCCAUGUUUGUCAUUCUGGUCAACAUCGGCAUUCUCGUCGCUGUCACAAGGGUCAUCUCCAGGAUCAGCGCAGACAGCUACAAGGUCCAUGGGGAUGCUAACGCCUUCAAACUAACAGCUAAAGCCGUGGCUGUUCUCUUACCCAUCCUGGGCAGCUCGUGGAUCUUUGGCAUUUUGGCUGUCAAUGCCCACGCUUUAGUAUUUCAGUACAUAUUUGCUGUUUUUAAUUCACUACAGGGAUUUUUCAUGUUCCUGUUUCACUGUCUUCUGAACUCAGAGGUUAGAGCUGCCUUUAAGCACAAAACCAAGGUCUGGUCCCUCACCAGCAGUUCAACACGCAACAUCAAUGUGAAGCCCUUCAAUUCAGACAUUAUGAGUGGGAACAGGCCAGGCACAACCCCCACCAAGCUGAACACCUGGGAUAAAAGCAGCAAUUCAGCAAACCGCAUUGAUUUAUCAGCAGUGUGA